CAAAGUUGAGAGACGUGACGUCACCAAUAAGAGUUGUGUACUUCCACCUUGCGAACCAGUUUCAUACUGGGACUUACAGAAAUAUCCACCCAAAAUUUAGCCGUUGGGGGGAAGUUAUGGCAAAUUUUCGGACGCUGAACAUUUUCUGUGUUACUUCAAUACAUUCCAUUCACAGAAAGAGGACUUCUUAAGAUCGCAGCGAUGAUUUUUUGAUAGGGGAAGUCCCCCUCACCUGGAGAGGUGUGCUGCAGUUUAUUCCAAAGUUUCCGUUCUAAUUUCUAGCCGAACAUUUUACGUUGUUUUUGCGUGCGUUUCCAAACUUUGCCCCUGCGGAAUGGGAGACCCCCAGGCAAGGAAGAGUGCGACUCUGAACCGGCUCCGGACGCAGCUUCGGAGGAAACGGGAGGCUCUCGCCGAUCAGUUCGACUACAAGAUGUUCAUAGCCUUCGUUUUCAAAGAACAGAAGAAGAAGCCAGCAUUGUUUGAAGCAGCAGAGGUGGUACCUGUCAUGACAAACAACUAUGAAGAGAGCAUCAUGAGAGGGGUCAAGGAGGAGGCAUACUCAUUAGAGAGCUCUCUGGAGCUGCUCGAAAAAGAUGUGGUACAGCUACAUGCGCCAAGAUAUCACUCCAUGAGGAAGGAUGUGAUAGGAGCCACAGAAGCCAUGGACUUCUUCCUGUGGCCCAGAAAUGACAUUGAGAAAAUCGUGUGCCUACUGUUCUCCAGAUGGAAGGGAGAAGAGGACUCUGCCUACAAACCUAUGGAUGCCCAGUUUGUGUUCCACCAUAGUGACUAUGAGAAGCAGCUGAUGCGACUCCUGGCGAGAAAGGACAAGGCAGGGCUGAUAAUCAACAACCCUGCACAGUCCAUGUUCCUGUUUGUAGACAGACAACACACAGAGACACCAAAGAGCAAGCAUAUAGUGUUCAAGCUUUCCAGCAUAUGUCUGUAUCUGCCUCAGGACCAACUAACACAUUGGGCACCGGGGACCAUUGAUGAAAUACUUCAGCCAUACUUACCAUACUGACAGGACGUCAGGAUGGCACAAGAGACGUUGAACUAUGAAACUCUGCUACAAUGUGAACAAAAUAUUUCACAUGUCACCAUCUCCUGGACACAACAGCCAACAGUUAAGUCCAAAUGUUUGCAUCAACAUUCUACUACAGGAUGUUACAAGAGUUUUCACGUCGGUGGCCAAACAGAAAUUCAUCAGUGCACAGCAGCAGGAAACUACAGUUGAUUUUUUAAAAUCAAGAUUUAGGAGACCUAACUUUGUAGAGAUAUUUUUAUGGUGUUAAGAUGAAAAGAUCAGCAGAAUAAUGCUAUGUUGAUGCACAGCAUUUAGUACAGCCAGCAUUAAAGGAAAUCAUACUCCUUGCACUUGGAGUAAAAGGAUGGGGAAAGAAGCCACUGCGUCUCUAUAUUGUAGUAAAAUUGGUUGAUACUAUUCAAAACAUAUCCGGUUAGCACAGUGCCACAUUGUAUAUAUUUGACUCCAUGAAGCAAUACAACAGGAGUCAACACCUAAGUAAAAUUAUGCUGCUCUACAGCAAAGUUUCUUGUAUUUUGACAAGAAAAAAGAGGGAAAUUUUCAGGUUUCUGAGCAAAGAAAGCAAUUCUUUGGGGUUGUUAAUGAGGAUGAGUGCUGAGAAACAUUCCACAUGAGGGGAGAAUAUUGUAUGUUCAUUGUUGACAGUGUUUAUCAUAUCUUAGUUACCAUGGUGAUGUCUUAUGCAAUCUUCUCUUUGUUAAAAGUCUUGUUACAAGAUGAAAUUUUGCUGACACAGCAAUAUUCAUCAGGUAACGGAAGUGGUUAGGGCAAUACAACUUCAGUGUGAGAAACACUGACUGAAGUCCCUCUCUAAAUGAGUCAUUAUAUUGUGACUUUUUGACUGCUUCACAGUCAUAGUUAACAAUGAUGAUUUCUGAAACAUAUUCAAAAAUUAUAGUCUGUGUAUCAAUGGCAUCACAACAGCCUCGUAUAUAAUUUCUUACAUUCCAUAGAUCACAAUUUCUGGCUUUGUAAAAAAAUUAUUCAAUCUCCCUGCAUUACCAAGCCAUAUUUUUGGCUAUUGUGGGAGAGGGAAAUUAAUAUUUUGAACAUUCAGAGAACAAUGUUAGGAAUGUACCGAGUUUGUCCCUUGUGAACUAAGAAGUUCCUCACAAAACUACUGUGUAAGGCCCCUGACUCCCUUGUGUUGUCCAAAUGAUGGUCUCCUGCUGAUACUUGAAUGCAUGAGAUAUAACCAGCCACCUUGUGCCUGUAAUACUGUGGUGUUACACUGGUGAUGAGGCAGUUACAGCUACAGAUGUCACUGUACAAGUAUGCUCCAAGCAGAGGCUGGAGGAGGCAAUUGUUUCCCUCUGAUUGGCAUCAGUUUUCCGACAGCCAUCUCCAACUAUCAGAAAAUGGGUGCCACUCAAAAGCUGGUAACGGUGACCUCUUUCAACUUCUACUUGCAUGAUACAAGCAUGGCCGGCAUAUCAAAAAUCACCCCAGUCAAAACGUUGCCAUAAUGUCAUGUAAUACCACUUGUCAUGUAUUACUUUUUUUAAAAAUCCAUUGGCCCUGGGGGCUAUUUGGAAUCAAGGUGGCAUGGUAAGUAGAGAAGACUCUCCAGUAGAGGGAACCUGGUUAUCCAAAGCAUUAUGGACAUCAGCACUUUGUAAUUUGUGUACUUAAUUUGAGCCGACAAAUCUAAUUUCUGAAGUGAAGAAAAAGUGAGGCUGGUGAACUGAUGACGCCUUCAGGUAUAAAAAUGUCUGUACAUAUUGAGAAGAGCUUUUACAUGUUAAAUGGUGACACCAGAAAUUCAAAUGGGUGAAUAUUUUUACCAUAUGUGGUGUAUUUUAUAUGCUAUUUUUUGGUGGAUGUUGACGUAGUGCAGAGAUGUAUGAAAGAAACUCUUACGACACGACAGCCCAAACGAACAGAAGAACAUGUAGUUUAUGUUUAGGCUAGUUGAACAGCUGAUACCCGUCUUCAACAUUUACUUCGUUUGUAGUUAGAAAAAAUUUUUCUGUCAUGAAAAAGGGGAAUUGUACAUGUGCUUACAUCAGACUACCUUUGUACUUGACUACAUAAAUGCUGUUUGUUGCAGGUAAUACUAUUGUAUGCCUGUCAACUGGACAUUACCAAGUCUUAAUUGAUAAAAAAUAUUUUCUCUCGCUUCCUGAACAGUUCAAAUGACUUUUCAUGGCUUCAAUACAAACUCCUUUGGUAUAACGAUAUCCAUCUAUUUUUAUUUGUGCAGAAAGUUGUUCUGCAGCAAUAAUGGGAAAGUUUUAUUUCAAUGCUAAACAAAGAUACAUUGUAUUCCUAAAUACAUUGUACACUCUAGGAAAUGUAAGAUACUGUAAUUUUCCAAGCCUAAAAUUUCUCAAUUAAAACCCACAAAUUAUUCAAAUCCUACUUACUAUAUACAUGUAGUACAAUUAUAGUAAGUUGUGGUCUUGGUUCUAUAUUUUUAUUGUAUUUGAGAAAGGAACUUAGGCUAUAAAUGGAAAUCCUGUAAGAUUUUUGUAGAUAAAUUUAUACAUGUAAAUGUUCAAAUUAUGUUUUCUGUCCUGUAUGUUCAAAUUAUUAGAUUACUUUUUGUACUGUUAGUUGUGUCAAUCUGCUUGUCUCAUUGCAUGUAUUCCUUGGGAGUACAGGUAUAUUUUAUGUAAUUUGUAAGUGAUGGCUUCUAAUGUCAGACUGAGAGUUUGAUGAUAAACUAUGCUGCUUUCCUCACCUGACUUUAUUUGAUAUUGUAUCUUGCUUAGAUUUUCUUAGCCAUUCCAUUCACUUCUGACUAUAGAAAUACAUACAUUAGAAGGAAGUUGUUUCUAAGAUGUAGAAAUGAAAUAAUUUACAAUUAUAUCUCUGUUUGUUCAUGGGCCAAGACCCCAAAUGGUGUUUUUUUGUGCCACAGAGAGGGACAAGUACAACUAUGGAUUCAGUCCAGAAUGGUUACAUCCAUGUCAAUGUCAUUUGUCACGUGUUACAAGAAACCCACACAUAGAUGUUUGCUUUCAUACAUUAAGAUAAAGUUUGGUUCCUGCAGAUUUAAAAAAAACAAAGGUUUCUCUUGGUGGUACAAGAAAAAGAACAACUAUUUGGCCAAUGGAGUUUGUUUGAUGCUACUAUAAGAAUGGACCAAAGUCUCUGUUGCACCACUUUCACCAUGAAUGUGUUUGAAUUGGGUUCUUGAUCAUGGACAAGUGUAGUACUUGGGAGACAAUUUCACCUCGUGGGGCCAUGGGGAGUACGUAAUUUAUUUCUACAGUGGAAUGUGUAUUGGCACAGCUAGCCAAGACAAUAAACAUGGGUUGUGAUUUAUAA